AUGCCUGCUACUCCACGGAUAGUGAAAGAGUGUCCGAGUGUGGAGAAUACCGUUUUGGUGGAUUCUUACCAGUCUCAGUACCCUGCCAGGUAUUCGCUGGAAGACAACGACAAACAUGUGCUUCAUGCUGGUGGCGAGGGUUACGAGAUAAGCGUUGAUUUUUCUCGAGUCAAAUUCAUGGACGCAAAUGCACAACUGGUGUUGGAAAGCCCGGUGGCGCUAUUCGUAUUGAACUCCACCUUUGUCAUCUGGGCCAAAAGCAAGAACUUAGGUUUAGAACUUCCGUACACACUGAUUGCGUUGCAUGCCAUUAAAGAUGUUGAUGGCGUGCCUGUUUUGUAUUUACAACUUAUCCCAUGUCUGUUGUUCACAACUUCCGGAGACUCUGAAUAUGUGGAAACAUUAGAUCUACUCAUACGGGAAGGAAACGCCACGGAGCAAGGAGUUUAUGAGACACAUGCCGAGGCAGCUACCAAACACAAGAGCGCGCAAUCGCUUUUGCUCAAAAAGUACUCGAUCGAAGAGAUAUACGAUGCUUUGUCUACAUGCUCAGCCCUCCAUUUUGACUCUGAGAAUGAGAGUGACGGGUACGAAAGCCCGUCAUCAUGGAUCACGAAAGACACAGGCAGUCAGUUGGAAAUUCCCGCACACUGGGUCAAUUCGGGCGACGCAGACGAUUUGGGCAUGGAUGCCGAAUUGGAGGAAGAUGGCGAAGCAGGAAUGAACAUUGAUGUGGGAGAAACACCUGCUAUAGGUGUGCGUCGACGCAAUUCGGAUGCUCUUUGCUCCGCUGAGUUUUCGAAGGCACGCCGUGUCGUGUAA